AUGAGAUCCCCAGGGCCUCCUUGCCAGUACGAGGGCCAGUAUUGCUGGCAGGGUCCGGUGAGUAAAAAGUAUUACUGGAUCAAAACAUCACUGAGAACCCUUGUUAUAAAUGUGGAACAAGGGGGUAUCCUGGAGACCCAUGAUGAUGUUCUAGCAAUGUGCGAUACAGCUAUAUGCAGAAAAUUGUCAACGCCUUUCGAAACAAAGCCAGGUUUCCAACAAUCUCAUGUCAGGCUCAGCUCUUCCGCAAAUAAAUAUCAGUGUCCAUCUAUCUCAGUCUGCACGACCUUCAAACUCUUCAUUACUGGACAAUGA